AUGUCUUCCUCACGGCCCCAUGGCGGUGAUGAGCCCGAGUCUUCACCUCGUUCUUCGCCUCCCUCUAAAAUCGACACUUCAUCUCGCCCAAGACCUCGACCCAAACUCGUUUCUUUUGGCCGCGACUCCCUAGCUGGUGGACGUCCAGACGCAGAGGGCCACCCCCACGUGGAAUUCAUAACCGACUCCGAACCUACCAUCAUACCCCAACGAAUGUCUUCCGAAGUCGACCCACUCCUUAAGGAGGCCCUGUCGCCCGACGACGAAGAUGACGACUGGAUGGGUGGAACAACAAGUCGAGGAGGACCAAGAGCACCCUAUCUCCUUUCACUCGGCCUGAGCAAGUCGAUGCUUGCCCUGGUAUGGAUCGCCGGCCCUCUCUCUGGUGUACUCGUCCAGCCCUAUGUCGGUCUCAAGAGUGACAACUGCCGCUUGCGCUGGGGAAAACGGAGACCGUUCAUCAUUGGCGGCGCUGCCGCAACCAUAGUCUCCCUAAUGGUUCUGUCCUGGGCAAAGGAAAUCAUCGGAGGCUUCUUAGGUCUUUUCGGUGCCAACCCAGAGUCUACCUUUGUCAAGACGAGCAUCAUGCUCUUCGCUGUUCUGUUCGUAUACGUAUUGGACUUCGCUAUCAACGUCAUCCAAGCUGGUGUACGAGCAUACAUUGUCGACGUCGCGCCCACACAUCAACAAGAGUCUGCCAACGCAUGGUUGAUGCGUUCGGCGGGUAUUGGCAAUAUCCUAGGCUACCUGGCCGGCUAUGUCAAGCUACCGGAGUACCUCCCAUGGCUCGGUGAUACCCAGUUCAAGGUUCUUUGUGCCAUCGCCUCUUUUGUCAUGGCUGUCACGGUUGGCAUCAGUUGCUCCACUUGCUCCGAACGCGACCCACAGUUUGACACGGCUCCUGCCGAACAACAAGAUGGCGUCCUCGCUUUCUUCAGGGGUCUUGCGCGCUCAGUCAAGAAACUGCCUCCACAGAUCAAAAAGGUUUGUGCGGUCCAGUUUUUUGCUUGGAUCGGAUGGUUUCCUUUCCUCUUCUACAUCACUACCUAUGUUGGCGAGAUCUUUGCGGAUCCCAUUUUCGAAAAAGACCCUCAUCUACCAGACUCCAGGAUCGAUCAAGUCCUAGAAGACGGUACAAGAAUUGGCACUAGAGCCCUUCUCAUCUUCGCCAUCACUACCUUUCUCUCCUCUGUCAUUCUCCCAUUUGUCAUUCCCCCAACCUUCCAAGCACCGGAGCCAGAUCGUCCAAUGACACCAGCAACGCCCAUGACACCCGCAACCCCACAUUCCAUGGGCGGCUCCGGCUACUUUGCCCUGAACCACACACCAAGAGGAACCCCGACGACGAUCAUGGAGAAGAUUUCAAAGUCACUGGAGAUGUUGCAGAUCAAGUCACUCACCCUACGUCGCGCCUGGUUCAUCUCGCACAUUCUCUUCGCUGUGCUCAUGGUACUUACCUUUUUCGUCCACAGCACAUGGGGCGCUACCAUCCUCGUCGGCGCCAUAGGAAUCCCCUGGUGCGUAACCAACUGGGCCCCCUUUGCCAUCAUUUCGUCUGAAAUCUCCAAACGCGACGCCAUCCGCCGCGGCAUCAUCAAGCCCCGCGACCGCGAAUCCCAGCUCAUCGCCGAAGGCGAAGACGACGGCUCCGGCGCAGACUCUGCCGGCGUCGUCCUCGGCAUCCACAACGUAGCCAUCGCCGCCCCUCAAGUCAUCGCCACCCUGGUCAGCGCCAUCAUGUUUAAGCUCCUCCAAAAACCACGCGGCACCGCUGCGACACAAGCGUAG